GCUUUGAGUGUCAUGGGACUAGUCUCGUGACAACAGGAAGAAGGAACGACACCGAGGAUGCUGCUUCUGCUUUAACACAUUUCAACAGUUCAUUUUUCAUUUGCAGGAAGCAACAAUCAACAAUGACUUCUUUUAUAAAAGAAACAGAGAGCAUAAAAGAAGCGGUGACUUUCAUCAACGCGAUUGAUGUGAACAAGUUCUCCAGGCUGAUCUCCCGCAUCACUCAAAAGCUUCAUCUGAAGGGUGAGCGGACAUUCAGUGAGGAGGAGGAAGAGAAACUUCAAUCUGCGCUCUCAUUGGAUAAACAGGCUCUGAAUCUAGUCCUGGAAACCGCUGCCUUUAUAUUGGAGCAGGCGGUGUAUUAUAAUGUGAAGCCGACCUCUCUGCAGCAGCAGCUGGAGGCGGUUCAUCUAAACCCUGAAAAGGCCGAGGUGUUCUCUCUAACCUGGGCCGCGGCCGGACCCGAGCUGGUGGAGAAACUAAAGCACAAUACCUUUGCCCCGAAGAAGCUGGAGUACGUCGGCUGGCAGUUGAACCUGCAGAUGGCCCAGUCCAGCCAAGCCCGACUCAAGUCUCCCAGCGCCGUCCUCCAACUGGGGCUUCACGAUGACAACUCGGAGGUUCAGGAAAAUGUCUUCCUUGGUUUCAACCACCAGGAGCUUCUCCACUUCUACAACCAGCUUGAAACCGUUCAAAGCCAAUUGGAUACCCUGACAUGAUGCCUGGUGCUUUUUGUCCAACCCAACACACACACACACACACACACACACUCUCUCUCUCUCUCUCUCUCUCUCUCUCUCUCUCACAGACAGCUAUGCCAGCUGUUGGAGGUCUGGAAAUUCCAUUCUUUCUGUGAUUCAUUUGAAAAAUCGAUCAAACUUUAAAGGAAGUUUGGUUCCCCUUUGAGCUCCCACUAACGCCACUCUGUGCUGAAAAGGGCCGGUUAGAUUCUACUAAUCGUUUUUCUUUUGUUAUAUUUCCAUUAAGGGGAUGGUGGGUAAAUCACCUCCUCAUUAGCCAUCGUACGGAACCACAUUUCUUUGUGACAUUUUCUUCAACCCGAAGCGAGGACCAUAAUAUUUGAUGUGAAUUAGAUACAUUAGUCAGUGAUUUUUAAAAGGUGUUGGAAGGAAAUCUUUGGGUUUUUUUUUUAGUUGAAACAAAUGGGUUUAGUGACUUGGACAAGGAACUUGUGUCUGUGCCACUGUGAAGUGGAGGUGAAUCCAUCCAAGCUGUUGUUCUUUAGGGAAGGCUCAUUAUUUCUCAUUAAGACCAACCUGGACUGCUGGUUCCACAGAUGGGAGGCACAGCAAACGUGUGUGUGUGUGUGUGUGUGUGUGUGUGUGUGUGUGUGUGUGUGUGUGUGUGUGUGUGUGUGUGUGUGUGUGUGUGUGUGUGUGUGUGUGUGUGUGUGUGUGUGUGUGUGUGUGUGUGUGUGUGUGUGUGUGUGUGUGUGUGUGUGUGUGUGUGUGCAUAAUUCUGAAUCUCAGCUCCCAGGUGUUGUUCUCACAUGCAGCUUCAGUAAACCACACAGCAUCAGAUAUCUACCUAAAAUGCGCUUUACUUACUUUUACAGCUACUUAAAUAUUUUACAUCUCUAAAAAAAAGAAUUACUCUUAUGUCUGCUUAUCCCCCACUGUGUAAAUUUACUUAAAUUAUCUUAGUACAAUACUUCUUUCAUUUUCAUUUACUUGGAAAUGCAUCAGGUCUAAUUCAAAGCAGGCUGGUUUGCCAGCAUGAAUCCACAAAUCUACUUAAUUUACUUGUCUCUAAAAAGACAAAAAUAUAAUGGUGUAAAGAUUAAAAGAGAAGAGGUGAGUCUGAAAAGACUUUUACUGGGUUGAUGACGGUUGGUCACAUUACCUGCGUGUAUCUGCAUGUCAUAGAUCAGUUAAGGCCAUGUCGAUUUUUUGCAUCCAAUAAACGCUGAAAGACUACCUUGAUUGAUUGAUUGAAUUGAUGAUUGUCGUCACCUCACCAGACCUCACGGACACGUUCACGAAGACGGCAAAAGGAGCAACAGCAAGCCGAACCCUCAAUUUACCUUCUUACCACUUCACCAGUGCUCCAAGCGUCCACAGUU